CUUAUCCAGAUCCUCUACUCAUCAGUCCCUCCACCUUUGCUCUUUACCUCUGCUAUCCAACCUCCCUGCCCUUUUUAACUCUCUAGUGUAUCGUUAUAUCCCCCAUCGCCAGCAUGGGGUCCGAUCCGCAGUACAUAAAGUACCCUGACCUCACUCUCGCCCAACAUGUCUUCAACCUCUCCAAUCCAGCAUGCCCGCAACCAGUUCGACAGACAUCAUUGAAGAAGCUUCAAGAUGUCAUAACCGAGAACAAGAUGGCCCCCUUCUACCGACACCUUGCCCACCCCGUUGAAGGCAUCCUGAAUCACUCCGGCGAGGGUGUCCCUCAGCUUCCGGCCAAGUCCCUGCUUACGUCGAAUAUGUUGGCUUCGCGAAAGUCGCCCCAGAAAAUAGACUUUCCUUGGGAUGAAGCUCUUUACCAAUCGCUGGUGGAAGAUAACCGAAAGGAGUUGGACACUUUUCAGAAGGAGGAAGAUGAGGCGGAAGAAGCCGCUGGGGAAACCGAGGUGCUGGCCGCACGGGGGAAGCGUGCGGAGUUCUGGGCGCGUGUAGGCGAUAAGGACAAAGCUAUUGAAUCCCACGAAGCCCUCCUUGAGAAGACGACAUUCCUCGGAACCAAGAUUGAUCUGAUGCUUGCUAUGGUCCGGAUCGGCCUCUUCUUCGGUGACUCUCAAUUCGUCAAGAAGAGUAUCGAGCGAGCGAACACUUUUAUCGAGAGUGGCGGCGACUGGGACCGGAGAAAUCGCCUCAAGGCCUACAAGGGUCUGCACCUGCUCACUGUCCGCUCUUACAACAUUGCUGCCCCUCUGCUGCUCGACAGCUUGUCAACCUUCACAAGUUACGAACUCUGCAGCUAUUCAUCCUUGGUCAUCUAUUCGAUUCUUGCCGGCUCAUUAUCGCUGAAGCGAGUCGAUUUCAAGGCUAAAGUUGUGGAUGCGCCCGAAAUCAAGGCCAUUCUCGGGCCUGGAGAAGACCGCCUGGCUGCUUUGACCGGCGAGGUUUCCUCAGGACUGGGUGCCCAGGACGAGGAGAUGAAGGAUGCUUCGGUCUCCAGAACGACGCCAGCCGCGGCUACUACGGUGGUUAACCUGACCACUUUGGGUGCGGGCUCUGGCAUCCAGGCCGAGGCUGAGACACCCGUGGACUUCUCGCCCCUUGCAAACUUGGUAGACAGCUUGUAUACCGGCAACUACCGCUCUUUCUUCCUGGCGUUGGCAGCAGUGGAGGACAACUUCCUGAACCAGGACCGGUACUUGCAUGAGCACCGUGCGUGGUUUGUGCGGGAAAUGAGACUGCGCGCGUACCAGCAACUGCUCCAGAGCUAUCGCGUUGUUGGCCUGAACAGCAUGGCCAGCGACUUCGGCGUCACCGUGGAUUACCUGGAUCGGGAUCUUGCGAAGUUCAUCGCGAGCAACCGAAUCGCUUGCACCAUCGAUCGUGUCAAUGGCAUUAUUGAAACGAACCGACCGGAUGAUAAGAACAAGCAGUACGCGGAUGUGGUGAAACAUGGCGAUGCUUUGAUCACGAAGCUGCAAAAGUACGGCCAGGCCGUGCGGUUGCGCGGAAGUGAACGGAGCUAGAGUGGAUGUCUUGACUCGCCAUAUGGUUCAUGACUUUCUAGAUGAGAUACUUAGUGACUUAUUCAUCUUUUGACUGUUAACCAUUGAUCACUGCGGGCGCUAAAGCAAGCGGAGCUGCUGUAUCAUAUUUAUAAGGACCGAAGGCAACAUAUCCUUGAGCACUCGCACUCGUUGUGGAGACUGGGCCGA